AAGUUGUCCUGGAGACUUGAUGUUUUGAACGCACAUACCUCUCAGCAUCCGAAAUAGCAUUUCUCGCAAACAGUGCAAAUAUUUUUGACCCGCCGAGCGGGAUGACACAUUUCAAAAUGUCGGGGACUCCAAUAGAUGCUGUCCGGCUGGAUCAGCUGAACCAGUAUUCUAUCAUUGAGCGUGUCUGCUCAGUUCUAUCACUUCUUGGAAGCGUAUUCAUCAUCGCCACUUUCUGCUACUCCAACAUGUUCCACAAGCCCAUAAACAGGCUGGUCUUCUUUGCCUCCUUUGGCAAUAUGAUGACCAAUGUUGGAACAUUAAUGGCGAGGUCAUAUGUUGGCGAUACCGACGGAGCCGGCUGCCAGUUCCAGGCAUUUUUGAUUCAAAUGUUCUUACCGGCGGACACCCUAUGGACACUAGCCAUGGCUGUUAAUGUUUACUUGACCUUCUAUCACAAGUUUGACGCCGUUAAGCUCCGCAAGAUGGAGAUACCCUAUCUCUUCAUAUGCUACGGGCUACCCUUUGUUAUUGCCCUAACCUAUGUCUUCAUACAAUCGCCUGAACGUGGGCGCAUGUAUGGAGAUGCAACUUUGUGGUGCUGGAUCAGCCCUCGUUGGGAUAUAUGGCGCUUGACUACGUUUUAUGGUCCAAUCUGGCUCAUUAUUCUCGUUACAUUCUUCAUCUAUAUCCGCGCCGGCGGUGAGAUCUACCGGAAGCACCAGCAGCUUCGCAACUUUCACUCGAGCACGCGCAGCCAUCACGAGCCCGAACCUCUGCCGCCGAUGGACGAUCCCCUGGUUUCCAGCAAAACCACCGAAGUCUCCAUCACGUCCGAGGCGGUGAUGCCUGCAGUACCAGGGGCGAUAGAUCUCGCACCACUGGGUAGGCGCGCGUCGGACAACGCCCAACAAGCUCCUCCCCCUAUUCCCGGACCUGCGUACUCGGUGCAGAUCUCGUCGACUGGAACCAACACCAACGACCGAAGGCCGUCCCAUCAUCCAGAGCUGACCAUCCAGCCCACCCGGGCCACCUUGACACGCACGACUACCAGAAUAGGGGCCAUUCAACAGCGCUCGCGGGCGAACCAGGAUGCCACCAACGCGGCUUGGUCAUACACAAAGUGCGCGCUGCUGUUUUUCACGGCCAUGCUGGUGACGUGGCUCCCGUCCUCGGCCAACCGCGUUUACUCAGUCAUCCACGCCAACCAAGUCAAUCUGACUCUCGAGUACAUGAGCGCCUUUGUGCUGCCGCUCCAGGGAUUCUGGAACGCCGUCAUCUACAUAGUGACGAGUUGGAAGGCGUGCAAGCUGGUGUUCCACGACAUUUUUUUGUCGAGGAUGCCAGUCACGGAGCUGAUUGACUAUAGGUCGUCCAUCAUCCGUCGUCGCCAGCAAAGCUCUAAUAAUCGUCAGUCUCAGGCCGCGGGCGCCGGGACCGGGGUGGCCGGAUCAAGCCACUCGCGCAAGGAAUCCGGGUCCGCGGGGAGGAUCACCCCUCAACCGUCAGACAAGAACUACGAGAAUGAGAGCAUGACGGACCUGGCGAGCAGACCUUCGUUGCAAGAACCGGGGCAGGAGAGGCGGCCUCAUCGCGGCGUUUGAGCCGAGUUGGCAUGCCCAAGGCUGUUUUUUUUCUUCUUUUCUUUUGUCUUUGAUGGGGGGUUUGAGGGUAAUGAAAAAGAAAAGCGGUGGUGGUUUUGUUUUGUUUGUUUGUUUUAGAUACCAGGC